AUGGGUGCAGUUGGCGCGUCUUGGGCCUUCGAUCAUGCUUACCCGCGUCGCGCUGUCGGCGCCUUGCACGCUUGGCUUGGUUCAACUUCGCCUGAAUGCGAGCACAGCGUUGCUGUUUACCCAUCUUCCCUGCUCGCCUCUCUCCAUCAUCUCCGGACGGACGCCACACCGCUCACAUCUUGGCGAUUUCGUCCUGCUAUUCCCAUGUUUCCCAUCACUUGCAACGCGAUCGGCGAUAUCAUAGCCGUGGUUCAGCUCAUCUACGACAUCGUCAAAGCGCUCGAUGACACGCGCGGAGCCGUUAAGGAGUACAAGCAGUUCAUCCACGUCUUGACGGCCCUCGGAACAGUGAUGCACGCUGUUCAUGAUCUCGUCAAGGACUCCCACGACGAUAUCCUGCGACGGAACGUUCUGCAAGAGAUACAGCGCUGCUGCGAAGACAUCAACCAAGCCCAAAGCAGUAUCGCUGGCUUCCAGAAGCUCGAGAAAGCAUCCACGGACCGCGCGUCGUCCCGAGCGAGUGCGGCGAGCACUAUGUUCACCAAACUGCAGUGGCAUCUAUUGAAGGCAUCCGACGCGGAGAAGUUUGCGAGGCGGUUUAGCGAGAGUCACAUCAGGUUGAAUGGGUUCAUUGGGCUACUCAGCCACAAUGCGAUGUCUCCGCUCUUUGAGAAUCAACGUCUUCACGCUCUCUUCAUCGCUCAAGAGCAGAAUCGCACGAUUCUGCGGAUAAGCGAGGACAUCAAGGUCGCGACUUAUAACGCCAUACAAGAAGCAUCGCUGCCGUCGCGCCAGCAAGUCGCAGAACAGGUCCUUGCUUCAAUACCUGCAAAACGUAAGCAUGUCUCUUGGGCCAAGCAGGUCGCAUAUAAGAUCUUCGACACCUGCGCUCCGGACUCCACCGAGGCCCAGCGCGACCAGUUCCUGUCCCGCUUAGAGCCUGUGGCGAUGGCAGGUGCUGCAUAUGCUAUACACACCACUCUGUCUCCCCAGUGGCAAGCGACUGCCCUUUGGGCUGCUGUAUCUGGACUCGCCUUUCAAGUCCUAUGGAUGAAGUCAUAUUCGCCGGACAAUGCUCCUGGUACUCCAAGCGAUGUGGUCACAUUGACCGACGUUAGUGACGAGACUAUAUACGUCCCGUUUCAGAUCUGCGAAACCCUCGAGGUCUUCCACGGCUUUUUGGAGCAUCUGUUUGUGUCCACCGGCAGACUGGGCUACGAUUUUGUGCAGAAGAGGAUGUAUGAACUAUACCAUACCGGAUCCUCCGAGGUCGUAACCUCCGCGACCUGGUCAAGCCGCGUUCGACGGGGUGCUUGCCUUGUCAUGGGUGUAGUAAUCAUGACUGGCUGCCGCUAUCAUGAUUCACCAGAGGUCGAAUGCCCUUACUGCAGCCAUGAGAUGCCGAGUACUAUCACCGAGGUUACCCGGGCAGUCGUAUGUACACGUUGUUCUCGGACAUUCUGGACGACCGACGUCUUUGCAUCAUACCUCAGUUACAUCUCAUCUCUCCUAACAUGGAGCGAUGAGCACAGACGCAUCUCGUUGACCCCGCAAUCCUAUUCCCACUUUUCAUGGCAAAGAAGGCAGAUAGCGGCAUAUUAUGAAGACCCUUAUGUACGGUCAUAUCAUACUGCCUCGCAGAUAGCUCGUGUGCGGAUCGUCAAAGUACACACAGAUUUUCACUCCGAGAAUGCUGUACCGGUGGAUAUCGGAGGAGAAAGCAAUGCCAUUAUAGACGGAGCCCGCGCCAAUCAGAUCACCAAGGUUGGGCUCGAUUGGAUGUAUAUCUGGCUGGUUGCGAAGGUUAUGAGAAAGGCACGCAGGGUGGUGGCUUGUGAGGGCUAUGCUCCCACUAUCGCCAUCAGGGUAUUGCGCCAGAUCCAAGAAAUGUUUCGCUUGGUCCGCCUGCAGUAUGUCAAGUAUCCGGGUGAGGAUAUACUUCACAGACCUUUGCCAGCAGAGGAACACGGCAUUCCUGACCUGAUAUCAGCAGUGGACGACUUGAUCAAUGAGCCAUCAAUAGCCCGAGCAAAGCAAUUGGACAUCAUGUCUGGCGAUGGGCGCGUCGAGUGGGUACCAUUCGAGAUAUCGGAGAAGUGCCAGGAGAUUAAGGAGGAUGUGGGGGUAUUCCUCAAAUUUCUGAGUAUAUGA